AAUGGCAAAUAGCGAUUUGAAAUUUGACAAAUGGGCCCUGCAAUGGCUUCCAAAUCGCAAGAGUUAGAUGUUUUGGAAAAUUGGGAAGAAAUCGAAGAGACUGAUGUUUUGGAUAAAAAGUUUGGAGGUCUUAUAACAUCAAGUAGAUCCUUAGAUAGUAAAAGUAGUAAUGGAAAUUUAGAAGAACCUUUAAAAAUUAUACUAACUGGUGAAGAUGCCUUAAGAACCCAAUAUGUGCCUCCAGAACCAACUGUUAAAAUACUUAAACGACCCUCUCAAGAUUUACAGAAUAACAGUGAUUGUAAGGUGUAUCAACCCAAAAAAACUUUGCAGCAACGUAAACAAGAAUAUGCGGAAGCUAGACUAAGGAUAUUGGGAGAAGCCAGCUCAGAUAAACUAGAUGAGACAGUCGAAUCUACAAAAAUAAUACAAAAAUUAAGAUUUGUUGAAGAUGCAAAUGUGAUAAGAUUGCCCAAGGGACCUGAUGGUACAAAUGGUUUUAAUAUUCGUAGGUAGUAUAUUUUAAUGUGUAAAUAUUGAUUGUACGAUAAUGAUUUGCUGCCGCAUAUCAUAUUGGUUUGGACUUUAUUAGAAAGUAGGUUCUCCUAUGAGAGAGAGUAACUAUCGAAAUAUGGAUCUCUCACAAUGUCACAAAAAUACUGAAUAUCUAAUGUUUCACAGAAAUUCAAAUGUAUUUUUAAUUUGAAUUCUUUUCCACUUUUGUGUGAUCACCAUGGAACAACCAUUGCCCAAUUUCCUGAAACAUUGGUUAUUGUUUUUUGUUUGUUAACGAUAUGUUUUACUUGAUAACUUCUUUUGUUAUGUUGAUUGUAACAUUUUAAGAUAGUUGGUCAAAUGAAUCAAUUGGAUGCUGAUAGUUUCUAGGAACAGACCCAAACCAGUGAGAUUUUCUUAUAAAAAAUUGACAAUACCUUAUCUGAAAAUUUCAUAGGUCUCUCAUGCAUUAGAACUACUUUCAGAUACAUAUCUUAACUACUUCUUCACUACAAGUUAAAUAAAAGCUGAUGAAUUUGUGAGCCAGGCAAUUAUUUUCUAGUUAUAAAAAUUUAUUUUGUACAAUUAAUGUUUAUUCUCAUUAUGCCAAUUAUAACCAUUCCAUUCUUUGGAAAAGAUUGGAAUGGAAAAGAAUCAACCGGAAGGUUGACAGUUUUCAAAGGAGAUAAAGAUAUUUAACAGCUUUUGACUAAUCAGAGGUCAUCAAAAUUAUAUUUAUGAGUUAUUUCAAUUUGACCUCUAGACCUCGUGAAAAACGGAUUCUGUUGUAUCUGAUCAAAAAUAUAUCUUCUCAGGUGUCAACCUAUGUCUUCUUAUAUCUGAGACAUUAUGAGUUCUUUGCAAAAUUUCUUGGAAUGUAAGAUAUGAUAAUAUUGAAUUGUGAAAAGUCAUUGAACAUCAAAAGUUACUAGUCCGUUUUUAUUGAGGAAGAAAUGAGGUGAUGCUCAUUUUUAAUUCACCUGGAGUAUUAUGUUUCUCAUUCAAAAAUAUGUUUCUGUUUUUGCAUUAUAUUAAUU